AUGCUUUUAAAUUCCCUUUUUGUUUUGUUUCAAAUUGUUUAUUUUCAAUUUCGACCAACGUAUACAAAUCUUAAUCGUUUAAUUGCGCAAAUUGUCUCAUCGAUAACAGCAUCAUUGCGAUUUGAUGGAGCAUUAAAUGUUGAUUUAACUGAAUUUCAAACAAAUUUAGUACCAUAUCCAAGGAUUCAUUUUCCGCUUGCAACAUAUGCUCCAAUUAUUUCCAGUGAGCGUGCAUUUCAUGAGCAGUUAACAGUACCUGAAAUAACACGGCAAUGUUUUGAACCUGGUAAUCAAAUGGUUAAAUGUGAUCCAAGACAAGGAAAAUUUAUGGCAUGCUGUUUACUUUUUAGAGGUGAUGUGGUACCUAAAGAUGUUAACGUGGCUAUAGCAGCAAUAAAAACAAAACGUUCAAUUCAAUUUGUUGAUUGGUGUCCAACAGGUUUCAAAGUUGGUAUUAACUAUCAACCACCUACAGUUAUACCUGGCGGUGAUUUAGCAAAACUUCAACGAGCUGUUUGUAUGUUAGCUAAUACAACAUCAAUUGCUGAAGCCUGGGCUAGGCUUGAUUAUAAAUUUGAUUUGAUGUAUGCAAAACGAGCAUUUGUUCAUUGGUAUGUUGGCGAAGGAAUGGAGGAAGGUGAAUUUGCAGAAGCACGCGAGGAUUUAGCAGCAUUGGAAAAAGAUUAUGAAGAAGUAGCUCUGGAUAGUUUUGAUGAUUACUAA